AUGCUUCCGCAGCAGUCCGAAUUCUUCGCGGAGGUGCGGGAGGUGGACCGCGACAACGAGGUCAACCGCAUCUUGUGGGCGUUCAAGCUCAACCCCUUUGAGAAGCUCAACCUGCGCUUCGACGCGACCCCGGAGGAGGUGCGGAAACAGUACCGCAAGCUGUCGCUACUGGUGCACCCGGACAAGUGCUCGCACCCCCAGGCGGCCAGCGCUUUCGACGUGCUGGGUGCUGCUCAGAAGGAGUUGAACGAUGAGGCCAAGCGCGAGGUCCUCAACGCCGUGCUGGACAAGGCCCGAGGUGACUGCGGCCUGGGGGAGGAGGUCAGGGCCGAGCGCCGCAAGGAAACCAAGCACGACGCGGCAGUGGCACUGGCGGCGACGCUACAUGAGCGUGGUCGCGAGGGCGUGGAGGAGGAUUGGGAAAAAACCGACGCCUUCCACGAGCGCUGGAAGCUCAAGGCCCGCGACGUGAUGGCCAAGAGCGAGUGGCGCAAGCGCAAGCUGACGAAGCGGGUGCGUGUGCCGGGCUAG